AUGGACUCUGAAGCUGAAAUAAAUGCUUCCGAAUUGAUUCCUAAAUCACCUCAAUCGCCAAUUAAAUCACCACGAUCCAGAAGUCAUUCAAAUGAGUCGAUCAAAUCUAAAGAAGGUAGUGAAAAAUCCCACCAUUCAAGAUCCAGAGAUUCUAGCAAAAAUAGCAAUGCAUCCAGAAAAUCACGUUCAAGAAGCCGAUCAGCUAAUUCAGCUACCUCAAAUCAUACGCGACAUUCUCGUUCAAGAUCAAAAAGUGAUGUAUCAAGAAAAAGUGAGGACCGCAAAUCAAAAAGUCGUUCGAGAAGUGCCUCAAAAGAGGCAACAAAUGAAGUGAGAAAAUCCAGAUCUCGCAGUGUAAAAUCAAGGAGUAAAUCAGGCAGCAGAUCUAAAUCACGCAGUGCAUCUCGAAAUCGUCGAUCAAAAAGUGUUUCAAGAAGCCGUAGUCGCUCAAAAAGCUCAUCUCGAAGUCGCAGUCGAUCAAAUAGUCGCUCAAGAUCCCCAAGUGGAAGUAGUCGAUCAAGAAGUCGUUCUAAAAGUGGCAGCAGAUCAAAAAGUCACAGUCGAAGUCGUUCUAAAAAUCGUAGUGUUUCCAAAGGUCGUGAUGGUUCAAAAAGUCGCAGUCGUUCAAAAAGUCGCAGUCGUUCAAAAAGUCGCAGUCGUUCAAAAAGUCGCAGUCGAUCAAAUAGUCGCAGUCGAUCAAAAUCCAGAAGUAAUUCUCCAUCACCACGCAAGAAGCGUGCAAUUUUGAGUGAUUCUGAAGACGAAAAUAAUGAGCCAAAAGCAAAAUUGCCUAGAAAUAAAAUAACAGAUUCAGAUCAUGAAGGAGAGGAAGAUAAAGCUGGUCAAGAGAAGAAAGUUUUGCCAGAUAGCAGUGACGACGAAGGAAUUAUCGACAGAGAUAAUGAUGCACCACAAAAAGAAUUUGCCUCAGAUUUUGACGAAAUCCUUGCAAAAUGUCGUGAAGGAAAGACUCGUCGACGAAAGAGAGGCGAUAUUAGUUUAAUUAAUGAUAAUGAUGAUUUAAUUGAUCAGUUAUUACAAAAUAUGCGACACGCUGCUGAAGAAGACAGAGAGUUAAAUGUAGAAAAUAGACCUGCCACAAAGAAAAUAUCAAUGCUUAAGUCAGUCAUGUCACAACUCAUUAAACGUGACCUUCAAUUGGCAUUUUUAGAGCAUAAUGUACUCAAUGUUCUUACUGAUUGGCUUGCGCCCCUACCAAAUAGAAGUUUGCCUUGCCUUCAAAUUCGCGAAAAUAUAUUAAGACUUUUAGCUGAUUUCCCAACAAUCGAUAAAUCAUACUUGAAGCAAUCAGGUAUCGGAAAAGCCGUCAUGUAUUUGUAUAAGCAUCCAAGAGAAACGAAGGAAAAUCGCGAACGAGCUGGACGAUUAAUAUCUGAAUGGGCUCGUCCAAUCUUCAAUUUGAGCUGUGAUUUUAAGGCACUAACGCGUGAAGAACGCGAACAGCGUGACUUGGACCAAAUGCCUAGAAAGCGUCGAAAGAGUCCUGAAAUUGAGGAAGGAAGUAAACGUAAAGAUUUGUCGUUUAAUCAGGACCAGGAGAAGACAUUAAGACCUGGUGAUAAGGGUUAUGUGGCAAGAGCUAGAGUUCCAAUGCCGUCAACAAAAGAUUAUGUGGUCCGUCCGCAAAGUAAUAAUGAUGUUGACAUGUCAAGAAUCACGAAAAAGAAGCCUAAUCGAUAUGAAAAGCAUAUGAAGAAGUUCCUUGACGCAAAACGAAUGAAGAAUAUGAAGGCACUGAAUACUAUUUCAAUUGAAGGACGAAAGAUGGCGCUUUAA